UUCGCAUAAAGAUAAAAUAAAGAUUUUUGGUUGUCAUAAUUUCUGUUCAUAAUUUACACCUUUAAUGACUCCCAUUAUCAAAUGUUGCUGCGUUCGUAUCUCAUCAAAACAAUAACAUAGGGAGUAGGAGCGAACACGAGACCGAAAGAAGGAAAAGAGAAUUUAAAACCAUCUCCCGUAGAGCCAGAGAACAGGGUUACUGAUAUGGAUAAGGAGAGAACGUCUUCACCGCCAAGCAAAAACUCAUCCAAGGAACUUCUUCGCGUGACAGGAGAUGGAAGCUCAAAGGCUGUUAUACAAUCUUUAUUCAGGCCAACACCACGGAAGGCAGGGGAUAGACCCCAUACAUUCAAG